AUGAGGAAAUUCAACAUCAGGAAGGUGCUGGACGGCCUGACCGCCGGCUCGUCCUCGGCCUCGCAGCAGCCGCCGCCGCAGCAGCACACGCCGGGGAGUCGGGAGCCCGAGAUCCAGGAGACGCUCCAGUCCGAGCACUUCCAGCUCUGCAAGACUGUUCGCCAUGGAUUUCCCUAUCAACCCUCAGCCCUGGCCUUCGAUCCUGUACAGAAGAUCCUAGCAGUGGGAACUCAGACUGGUGCUUUAAGGCUCUUUGGUCGUCCAGGAGUAGAAUGUUAUUGCCAGCAUGACAGUGGAUCUGCAGUCAUCCAGCUCCAGUUCCUGAUUAAUGAGGGAGCUCUUGUGAGUGCCUUGGCUGAUGAUACAUUGCAUUUAUGGAAUUUACGCCAAAAGAGACCUGCCAUACUACAUUCACUUAAAUUUUGUAGAGAAAGGAUUACAUUUUGCCAUUUGCCUUUCCAGAGUAAAUGGCUCUAUGUGGGCACUGAACGAGGUAACAUACAUAUUGUCAACGUGGAGUCCUUCACCCUCUCAGGCUACGUCAUUAUGUGGAAUAAAGCCAUUGAACUGUCAUCUAAGUCUCAUCCAGGACCUAUUGUACAUAUAAGUGAUAAUCCAAUGGAUGAAGGAAAGCUUUUGAUUGGCUUUGAAUCUGGAACAGUAGUUUUAUGGGACCUCAAGUCAAAAAAAGGCGACUACAGAUACACGUAUGAUGAGGCUAUCCACUCAGUGGCUUGGCAUCAUGAAGGAAAACAAUUUAUUUGUAGUCAUUCCGAUGGCACCUUGACUAUAUGGAAUGUGAGGUCUCCUGCUAAACCUGUACAGACAAUCACUCCCCACGGAAAACAGUUAAAGGAUGGGAAGAAGCCAGAACCAUGCAAACCUAUACUCAAGGUGGAAUUCAAAACGUCUAGAUCUGGGGAGCCUUUUAUUAUUUUAUCAGGAGGUUUGUCAUAUGAUACUGUAGGAAGAAGACCUUGCUUAACAGUUAUGCAUGGGAAAAGUACUGCAGUGCUAGAAAUGGACUAUUCCAUUGUUGAUUUCCUAACACUGUGUGAAACACCAUACACAAAUGAUUUUCAGGAACCAUAUGCCGUUGUUGUUCUUCUAGAAAAGGACUUAGUACUUAUAGACCUUGCACAAAAUGGAUAUCCUAUAUUUGAAAAUCCCUACCCUUUGAGUAUACAUGAAUCCCCUGUUACAUGUUGUGAAUAUUUUGCUGAUUGUCCUGUGGACCUUAUUCCUGCACUUUAUUCUGUUGGAGCUAGACAGAAACGUCAAGGUUACAGCAAAAAGGAGUGGCCCAUCAAUGGAGGUAAUUGGGGUUUGGGUGCUCAAAGUUACCCAGAAAUAAUUAUUACAGGGCAUGCUGAUGGGUCUGUUAAGUUCUGGGAUGCUUCUGCAAUAACUCUACAAGUAUUAUAUAAACUAAAGACAGCUAAAGUAUUUGAAAAGUCAAGAAAUAAAGAUGACAAGCCAAACACAGACAUUGUAGAUGAAGAUCCAUAUGCCAUUCAAAUCAUCUCCUGGUGUCCCGAAAGUAGAAUGCUGUGCAUAGCCGGAGUUUCAGCUCAUGUCAUUAUUUAUAGAUUCAGCAAACAAGAAGUUAUUAUAGAAGUCAUUCCGAUGCUUGAAGUUCGAUUGUUAUAUGAGAUAAAUGAUGUGGAAUCCCCGGAGGCUGAACAGGCGCCACCUCUGUCAACCCCAGUGGGGGCUACCAGUCCUCAGCCCAUCCCACCUCAGUCUCAUCCUUCCACCAGUAGCAGUUCCUCUGAUGGCCUUCGAGACAAUGUCCCUUGUUUAAAAGUUAAAAAUUCACCACUUAAGCAGUCUCCAGGUUAUCAAACAGAACUAGUUAUUCAGUUGGUGUGGGUGGGUGGAGAACCACCACAACAAAUAACCAGCCUGGCAGUCAAUUCUUCCUAUGGAUUGGUUGUUUUUGGCAAUUGUAAUGGCAUUGCGAUUGUUGACUACCUUCAGAAGGCAGUACUCCUCAAUUUGGGCACUAUUGAAUUAUAUGGCUCCAACGAUCCUUACAGGAGAGAACCCCGGUCUCCUCGUAAAUCUCGACAACCUUCAGGAGCAGGUCUCUGUGAUAUUAAUGAAGGGACUGUAGUCCCAGAGGAUCGCUGCAAAUCUCCAACUUCUGGUUCUUCAUCACCACUCAAUUCAGAUGAUGAACAAAAAAUGAAUAAUUUUAUAGAAAAGGUGAAGACCAAAAGCAGAAAGUUUUCCAAGAUGGUAGCCAGUGAUAUAGCAAAGAUGUCAAGGAAGUUAAGCUUGCCUACUGACCUAAAGCCUGACUUAGAUGUGAAAGAUAACUCCUUCAGCCGGUCCCGGAGUUCAAGCGUAACCAGCAUUGAUAAAGAAUCUCGAGAAGCCAUAUCUGCUCUCCAUUUUUGUGAAACUUUUACUCGAAAGGCGGAUUCGUCUCCUUCCCCCUGCUUAUGGGUUGGUACUACACUGGGGACAGUGCUUGUCAUUGCACUGAACCUCCCCCCAGGAGGAGAGCAAAGACUUCUUCAGCCAGUAAUUGUGUCUCCAAGUGGUACUGUAUUGAGGUUAAAGGGAGGGAUCCUGAGAAUGGCAUUCCUGGACACCACAGGCUGCUUAGUGCCACCUGCCUAUGAAUCCUGGAGAGAAUACAACGUUCCUGAAGAAAAAGAUGAAAAGGAGAAAUUGAAAAAAAAGCGGCCAGUCUCUGUAUCCCCUUCCUCCUCUCAGGAAAUUAAUGAAAACCAGUAUGCAGUGAUUUGUUCUGAAAAGCAAGCAAAAGUAAUCGCACUGCCAACUCAGAACUGUGCUUAUAAGCAAAACAUUACAGAGACCUCGUUUGUUCUUCGGGGAGAUAUUGUGGCAUUGAGUAACAGUAUCUGCCUUGCCUGCUUCUGUGCCAAUGGACAUAUUAUGACUUUUAGUUUGCCAAGUUUAAGGCCUCUAUUGGAUGUGUAUUACUUGCCCCUUACCAAUAUGCGGAUAGCCAGAACGUUCUGCUUCACCAACAAUGGACAAGCAUUAUAUCUUGUUUCACCUACAGAAAUCCAGAGACUCACUUACAGCCAAGAGACCUGUGAAAAUCUUCAAGAAAUGUUGGGUGAACUCUUCACUCCUGUAGAAACACCUGAAGCACCAAACAGGGGAUUCUUUAAAGGCUUAUUUGGAGGUGGUGCACAGUCUCUUGAUAGAGAAGAACUAUUUGGAGAAUCGUCCUCAGGAAAGGCUUCGAGAAGUCUUGCACAACAUAUCCCUGGUCCUGGUGGCAUUGAAGGUGUGAAAGGAGCAGCAUCUGGAGUCGUUGGUGAAUUAGCACGAGCCAGGUUGGCACUGGAUGAAAGAGGGCAGAAACUGGGUGACCUGGAAGAAAGAACCACAGCUAUGUUGUCCAGUGCAGAUUCAUUUUCUAAACAUGCUCAUGAGAUGAUGUUGAAAUACAAAGAUAAGAAGUGGUACCAGUUCUGA